UAUUCACCAAUCCGAAGUUACGGUAAAUGUCUCCAUAGAGCACCCCCGCACGGAGACAUCGCUUACUCGUGCGCACUAGGACCCGUAUAUAGACACCAAACCUAACGCCGCCACUGAGGACCCACCUCCUCCCCAUCUCCUCGCCACGAUGCUUUCCUACCUCCUGGCAUAUAUCUGCGCCGCAAUCAUGUCGCAAAUCACCCCUCACCUCAACCCCAACAAGAAACGCCCCGGCGUUGUGCUGGGAACCCGGGAUUCGGUGCUGGCUCUAGCCCAGACCGCUAUCGUGGAAAAGUUCUUGCGCCAGAAGUUCGGCCCCGAGUUCGAGAUCGGAAGACAGGCUAUCAAGACUGCCGGAGACAAGAAUCAGACCGUUGCACUACACGAGAUGGAACGUAAAAGCUUAUGGACUAGUGAACUUGAGGAUAUGCUUGUUGUCCGUAAGGUGGACAUCAUCGUCCACUCUCUGAAGGACAUGCCGACCGUGCUUCCCGAAACCUGCAGUCUCGCCGCUAUCCUGGAGCGCGAAGACCCCCGCGACGCCUUCGUGGUCCGUGCUGGCCACCCCUACAAGUCCCUCUCCGAGCUUCCCGAUGGCGCGAUCAUCGGUAGCUCCUCGGUCCGCCGCAUGGCUCAAGUCAAACGUCUUUACCCCCACCUCGUCCUCGUCGAUUGCCGCGGAAACGUUCCCAGCAGACUCAGAAAACUCGACAACGUCGAGAACCUCCCCCAGUUCAAAUACGAUGCGCUAAUCCUGGCCGCCGCUGGUCUUCUGCGACUUGGUCUUGGUGAUCGCAUUACCGAAUACCUCGAUGCACCCGAGGUCCUCCACGCCGUCGGCCAGGGCGCAAUCGGCAUCGAGAUCCGCGCCGGCGAUGACGAUAUCGUCGAAGUUCUCAAAGGACUGACUCAUGGGCCUACCGCAUUGGCCUGUUACGCUGAGCGUGAACUCCUGCGUACUCUCGAGGGCGGUUGCAGUGUCCCCAUCGGUGUCAAGACUACUUGGGAAGAGGAUGGUGCUCUGCACAUGCUUGUCCGUGUAUCCAGUCUGGAUGGCACACAGAAUGUCGAGGCGGAUGAGCGCGCGAAGGUUAGCAGCCAGGCUGAGGCUGAGGUCUUUGGCCAUGCUGUUGCCCAGAAAUUGGUCGUUGGCGGGUGUGUCCCGAUCCUAGAGAAGAUCGAGUCGGACAAGAUCGCCAAAGAAAAGGCUAAGCACACCGAGGAAGCUGCUAAGGCUGAUGCAACUCGCGAAGACGACGAGGGUAGUCAACUGGGAGAGUCGGUCGUCCUUGUCGAGAAUGAGGACGGCGGUCCAUCGGCUUAGUCGCUUCGUCCCAUGGAGCCAAUUAGGAGUGGAUGGGUCUGUUUGUGGCGGAUUCAGAGGCACAGAACGAGACGAGCGCAACCAAUGGUAGCACACAGGCCGUUGGUAAGUAGCUUCCUGCUAUGUAUCUAGCUAGGCUGUGUCGGCAAUUGUUUUAUUUCUUCUUGUUUCUGCGGAGGUGGAUAUCUUUCUCGGUUUCUUUUGCGUUGGGUUCUGGAGUGUGAUGGAUGCAUGGGAAGAGCAUUGUACCAGUAGAUAUUGAUGCACGACCGUGGACG